ACUCCCCCGUGGCCUCUCCCUAGUGUAGAAACUACCACCAGCAAUGGGGCUGCCAGGAGUCCAGGCCCCAUAGCCUCAGUGGGACCUGCUAGGGGUCCUCCAGGGAAGCCUCGCUGUACCCGCCUUGGGGAGCCUGGGAGGAAGGAGAGGCGCUGCCCAGCAGCCAGCUGCGAGCAGGAGCACGCCCAGCUGAGCCUGCCCCUCCGAGCCUGCCCCGCCAAGAACUCGCUCCUGCCCUUCCGGGGGAGGAGCAAGGGGCGGCCCUUGGCCUGCAGAGACAGACCUGCCGCCAAGGAGAGGCCCACACUGGACAGAGCAGCUCUUGCUCACAGGCUCCGUGCACCUCAGAGGAGCCAGGCCUGCAGUGUCUCUCCUAGCUCCCAGGCAGACCCAGGUGGGAUGGGCAGCCCAGUGCACCGAGCGUCCUUGGGGAUCACCCGGAGUGGACACAUGCACCCUGACAUGGAGAGCGAGAGGUGUACGCGGUCCUUCGAUGUGGAACGGCUCACCAACAUCCUUGACAGAGGUGCCCAGAACACUGCGCUUCGGAGGGAAGUCGAGAACAUUGUCCACAGCGACCCAGAGCUGAGCUUAGAAGACAGUUACUUCAUGUCCCAGAAUGAAUAUUAUGAGGCCUCCACGCGGAGGCGGUUCCGAGUCCUGAGGAUAGCACAGCGCCUGGGUUGGCUGCACGACGGGCCGGAAUUGGGCUACGUUUACAGAGCCCUCGCGGGACAGCUGACCUUAAACUUGCAGGCUGUGUUCCUGGUGUCCCUGGAGAGCCUGGGCUCAGAAGAGCAGAUUGCCACGUGGGGCCCCCUCUCCAAAACGUACCAGAUCAUCGCGACGUACGCCCAGACGGAGCUGGGACACGGGACGUACCUUCAAGGCCUGGAGACUGAAGCCACCUAUGACCCAGCCACCCAGGAGUUUGUGAUACACAGCCCCACAAUAACUGCCACCAAAUGGUGGCCAGGGGACAUGGGGCGGUCGGCUACCCACGCCCUGGUCCAAGCCCAGCUGAUCUGCUCGGGAGCCCGGAGGGGAAUGCAUGCCUUCAUCGUGCCCAUCCGAAGCCUCCAGGACCACACCCCCCUGCCAGGAGUCACCGUUGGAGACAUCGGGCCCAAGAUGGACUUUGAGCACUCGGAUAAUGGCUUCCUGAGACUGGACCAUGUGAGGGUGCCCAGGGAGAACAUGCUCAGUCGCUUUGCACAGGUCUUGCCAGACGGCUCCUACGUCAAGCUCGGGAUCCCACAGAGCAACUAUCUGGCCAUGGUGGUAACGCGGGUGCGCCUGCUGCUGACCGAGGUCCUGCCCCUGCUGCAGAAGGCCUGCGUCAUCGCCGUGCGCUACUCAGUCAUACGCCGCCAGUCCCGGCUCCGGCCCAGUGACCCGGAGGCAAAAAUCCUGGACUACCAGACGCAGCAGCAGAAGCUCCUCCCCCAGCUGGCCGUUAGUUACGCCUUCCACUUCCAGGCGGUCAGUCUCCUAGAAUUCUUCCAACGCUCCUACGAUGCGAUUCUGGACAGGGACUUCAGCUUCCUGCCUGAGCUCCACGCACUGAGCUCAGGCAUGAAGGCCAUGGUUUCCGACUUCUGCAUCCAGGGAGCUGAGCUGUGCCGCAGGGCGUGUGGUGGCCACGGCUACUCAAAGCUGAGCGGCCUGCCAUCACUGGUCACCAGAGUGACAGCCUCCUGCACCUACGAGGGGGAGAACACGGUGCUCUACCUGCAGAUGGCCAGGUUUCUGGUGAAGAGCUACCGGCAGGCUCAGCUGUCUCCAGGCUCCGCAUCGCAGAAGCCUCUCCCGCAGUCUGUCAUGUAUCUCACCACGCCCGACCUGGCCAGGUGCCCAGCCCAGAAGGCAGCCGACUUCCUGUGUCCAGAGCUCUACACGGCGGCCUGGGCACACGUGGCAGUCAGGCUCAUAAAGGACUCGGUGAGUCAUUUACAGACUCUGAUGCAAUCCGGAGCUGACCAGCACGAGGCCUGGAACCGGACCACUGUCAUACACCUCCAGGCUGCCAAGGCGCACUGCUACUACAUCACCGUGAAGAAUUUCUGGGACUCGCUGGAGAAACUGGAAAACGAACCCGCGAUUCACCAAGUGCUCAGACGCCUCUGCGACCUCUACGCCCUACACGGCAUCUUGACUAACUCGGGCGACUUUCUCCACGACGGCUUCCUGUCUGGUGCCCAAGUAGACAUGGCCAGAGCGGCCUACCUGGACCUGCUGCCCCUGAUCCGGAAGGAUGCCAUCUCACUAACUGAUGCUUUCGACUUCACCGAUCAGUGCUUAAAUUCAGCUCUUGGCUGUUACGACGGCAACGUCUAUGAACGCCUGUUCCAGUGGGCUCAGAGGUCACCGACCAACACUCAGGGGAACCCUGCCUAUGCGAAAUAUCUGAGGCCCCUGUUACAGAGCAGGAUCUCCAAACUGUGAGCUAACGAGCCUCCGCGAGAAGCCCGCAGCCCGCCCGCCGUGUGAGAAUGCACUGCGGCACGUGUGUGCAAUCACAUUUUAACACUGUCUGUUUUUAGAGUCCUUGUUUCUGGACACAGUCUGAAGUGUGAAAUAUCCGUGAUCUACUUGAACAUAAUCGCAGGGUGGGAAGUGGGGAGUGACAGCUGUCGACAUGGGUCACUGGGUGUUUAUCACUAUCCUCUCCACCUUUGAGUAUGUUUGAAGUUUCUCACAAUAAAACACAGCAACACGAGA